AUGGGUCUUUUGCACCAUUCUAUCCCCACCGCUCGCGGUAACAGGGCAAAACAGAGCCAGUGUGAAAUCAGAGAUGGCCACGAAACAUCACAAACCCAAAAGGAGGAGGUCACAGCCGAAUUCUCCUACCUUUCUGACACCGAUGACUCGGCGGUGGAAGACCCCAUUUCCCAGAUCAAGGACCUCUACAUUCUCGAGCAAAACGCCGCGAUCAACGGCUCCUCCUUCACCGUGGACGGCUCCCUCUUGCCCUCCCACCUCAAGUCCGGUUUCUGCAAUCUCAAAUCCUUCACUCUCCCCAAACCCCAAACCACGAUCCUGAAUCCGAGCAAUCGCAAGACGGAGUCGACGCUCGAACUCGUCCGCGCUGAGGACGCAAUUUCCUCGCCAUGGAAGAAGCGGAAUCCUGAUGAGAAAUCGCGUCGGAAAUCCACAACCAAGUACGAUCCAGUCUCUUCACCGAUGGAUUAUCCCGAUUCGUGGAGGAAGUCGAAGUCGAAGUCGCCAUAGCCGUCGCCAUAGCCGUUGCCCCCAUGAAAGGCGGCUGCUUCUGGUGCUGUGGUGACCGGGGGACCGUGGGACACACCGUGGGCCGUUUUGCCAUUUGAAGGUUGUCGAGGGCGUGGAUAAGCAAGCGGAGGCGUGGAAAUAGCGACUCCCUUUUGAUAUUUUGCUAAGAGUCGCAGUUUUUCAAAUUCAAGUCGAGACAGUUUUCAUAUGACCAGAGAGACAUGAGAUGAAAAACAGAGAAGCAGGAAAAGAAAUCGAUGCUGCAGUGGAAGGUUACAGAACAAACAUAUAAACCCCUCUAAAUAAGCGAUGUGGGCUCAAUUGAUAUACGGAAAGUAUUCAAAGUUACAGAACAUAGGUUACAGACAAGUCUUAUUCAUAUAAAACACAGAGCACCACAUCGAGAGGAACAAACUAGCGCCCUUCGCUAAUAAUCCUUUAAUUCGCGUUGAACACGAACAGGAUUACCAAUACUAGGGCGCACGCGACGAAAAUCGGCCAAGGAAAGUCACCGAGCAGAACGUGCAUUAGGAGACCACAUUCGAUGCAUCCGAGAGCGACAGCGAUCAUAUCAGACACAAAUCGAAACCUGGGGUCAAUAACUUGCCUUCUCAUCACGAGGAUGAAUCCUGGCCUGAUGAUUUCAAUCACCGCGCAGAUAAACAGGAUGUCUGGUGCACGCGAAUGUUGGCCGGACCUAUGGCCCUAUUCCUCUCCCUGAUGAGCUGACGCAACGCCUGCUCGAGCGAAUCAAGACCUUCGUUGAUUUGAGCUACGUACUGCUGUGCUGCAUGCCUUAAACGUCACCAAAAGUGACUUGUUAGACUACCGUCUUUCACAGAAGUGCAAACAUUGAUAGAUCAACAGAGAAAAAAAUAAAGGCGAUUUGCACUGGUUUCGUGGUUUCAGUAUGCAACAUUG